AGUGGCAAAAUGGAGGAACUUGGCAACGUUUUUCUCCUAUCUUUCUUCACUGCCAUUAUAACGUGGACCUCACUAUACUCUAACAUAUUUGUAACUCAAAUAGAUAGCAGCGCAGUAAGAAAGGAGCAGUACUACUACAGCAAGACAUGCCAGACAAUAAUUUGGUUCCAAUCCUAAUUUAUACAACAGUCCAAAUAUGACGUAUUCAAGUUAUGUGUAACUUCAACAUUCUUCAGUUACACACUUCAACUUACAAUUCAAAACACACAACUAAUUUUUUGCUUAAUGAAAUAUAAUUGAUUUUAUCAAACAAAAAUGAACAGUUAAUCAAUAAUUACAUCAAAUCUGUAUCAGCUACCGUCUAUAGAAGACAUUGGCAACGUUGGUUUCCUAUCUUUCUCCAUUGCCAUUAUAACGUGGACCUCACUAUAGAAUAUUUUGUAAUAACGUUUACCGUUGCCAGUCAGUACUUAUUGUGUUAGAUCGCGAUAAUAUUUCUGUUCUCCAACCUAACCUCUCGGUAACAAACUUGAAUUUUGUCUUCUCUUAUCUGAUCAUCUCCAAUCUUACACCUAUAUUCAUCAACUUUUUUAAAUUCCUUGUUUGCUCUGUUAUUUACUCAUUCAAUUAAGCCUAUUCUGGUAAGUAAAUUUUAACUUUAUUUUAAAACUCUUCUCACGAAGCGUAAAGGGAAAUUUUGAGUUAUCUUCCCAUUACCGGCUAAACUGGAAUGACUAGAUAAACUAUCACAAGCACAAGGGAAUAGAGGUUAUCAACAAGAAAUCAACACUACUAGAGGAAUACCAAGCAUUGUUGAGUUACUAACUAUUCUAGUAGGUCGUUUGAACCCGUUAACUUGACUUGUCCUCUCUCAUCUGUUUUCAAUUAUUCAGUUGUAGGUAGCCAAGCUCAAUCGAUUUAUCAUACGACAUCAUUCUCUUCUCUUCAAACUUGAAAGUACCAUCCAGAACAAAUAAAAACCAAAAUGGCUCUCGUUGAACAAUUCCAAAAAGCUGCCGAGGAUGUAAAAAACCUUUCUGCCACACCUUCUAACGAAGAACUGUUAGAAAUCUACUCAUUUUACAAACAGGGUACCGAAGGAGACUGCAAUACAGCCAAACCAGGGAUGUUGGAUUUCAAGGGCAAAUCCAAGUGGGACGCCUGGAACGGCCUCAAGGGAACUUCCAAGGAGGAUGCCAUGAGCAAAUACAUCGAAAAAGUGGCAGCCCUUGUUGAGAAGUAUGGCUCAAAAUGAACUAUUCCCACAAGUUUUCUAUGUUUUUUCAAUUAUAAAUUUGUUUCUUCUUGAGUUCUACAAAUGUUGACCAUAUAUUUUCAGUAAUUACAGGCAGAUUCUCUACAGUUUCACAAUUUUUACGAAUGAUUUUGAGUAAAUAUGGAGAAAAUGAACAAUAUAAUUAGCAAGAGAACAACGAUUUGUAUGUCAUUUUUAUUAGAAAAGAACUAAAGUUUUUCGAUUUGAAAAAUCUAUGAAAUAGAACCAAUUCAUUUGGAAAAAUGAAAGACCAAAGUUGAUUUGCUAGUAAACAAAACAUAAAUAAGUCCAAGCUUUUGGUAACAAUAGUGAGACCAAAUAAUGUAUUUGAAAGAAAUAGAACAGAACAAAUUGAUGAAAAGAAGCAGUCUUGUAAGACCUGCAAUAUUCUUCAGUUAAAGUUUUGUGAAAGUAAGUUAGAUUUGAAUUUAGCUAAAAGCAAAGAAAGGAGAGCUGAGCAGAAAUAAACAAUUAUUUAUAAAAUGACUUUAUGAAUUAUUUCUGAAAUAAAUUUCAUAUUAUUCACAAAUGAACGAUUCGAACAAUUUUUGGUGCUCAAUUAAUUUUGUAUUAUUUAUUUUGGAAGCUAUUAAACAUAUAUUGUAGCUAU